UAGUUAGACUGGCAGCGGACAGAACCUCAGAGUGUCGAGACGGGAGGCAGUGCUUGCGAAAUUCAGUCUGCCAUCAUCCUACUUCAUUACAGUCUAUGCAGCCUUUGUCCUGCAUCUCACACUGCACUGGCAUGCGUUUUGUACUAAACAUAGAUGCUUGUCGAUUAGAAAAGCACAGAUAAUAUGGCGUCUUUUCAAAACAUUUCCUUUCGUUUGCUUUGGUGUCCAUUCUUGACACGUUGUUCACCUGCGAAGUUUAAUAUCACAAAGACACCCAAAUACUGCACUGGGAACCCCGAACAUACCACGACACGAGACACGGGAACGCGAGAACAAGGAGGAACGUCGAAUCCAGAGUCCGGAACACACGAAGAAUAUGAGACUGGACCCGCUUUUCGCCUUGUGUCUGGUGUGGCUGGUAAUGCUGCUAGUCUGUACCCCAUCUGUCCUUGCAGAGAGAGAACAUGCCAGAAGAAUGAAGAGACAUGGAGGUUAUCAAGGUUUUGGCGGUUUCGGCGGUGGUGUAAAUGCAGCGAGGCCGAGUACAGCUGCCUUACUGAGCGUGUCGUCAUCCCGCAGACGCUUCCGACCAAACAUCUACCACGGACCGCGAGCAACCAGGAGGCGCUGUCGGUAUUUCGACAGAUAUGGUCGAUGUAUUUACCGGUCGAGGUACUGACCUGAUUACAUGCAGACGUCAUUAACUAUGAAAACGGAUUUCAAAUAAAGUCUAG